GUCUCGGACAUGAAUGUCAAAUUUUUCUUGGUGGCUCAUGUAACCCAACCACUUGGAGAAAAGAUGAAGCCGUCCCUUAUCUAGAAGCGAAUAAAAUUUCAUAUUUCAAUCCACAAGUCUGUGAUUGGACUCCUGAUCUGAUAGAAGCUGAAGACAAAGCCAAGCAGGAUGCCAUGAUCUUGUUCUUUGUUAUAGACAGCAAGACACGCUCUAUCACCUCAGUUGUAGAAGCUGCCUAUCUGGCAGGCUCAGGCAGGCAGAUGGUUUUGGUCAUCACCGGAGAGCCAGAAGAACCAGCAUACUCAAAAUCAAAGAUGGGCAGGAAUUCUUCUAUAAAGGAGUUUGAAGAUUUGGACUAUAGCCGCUCCAUCCUGCAGUACUUGGCAGACAAACAGGGAGUCCCUGUUUUCAGUGUUGUCAAAGACGCCUUGGACUGUGCUAAUAUUUUAACCAAAUGGACUCAAGAACUGGUCGGUCCAGGACGCCGUAUGAGACAUGGCUGCACCUUCACUGAUUUGGGAGCCAUUGAGUGCUCGAUUAGAGCAAUAAAGCAAGCUUUUGAACUCUGUGAUAAACAGAACUCAGGGACUCUAGAUUUUAAGGGUGUAACUCGCGCUUUUAAGCAGGUUACAAAAGAAGUUCUGAGCACAGAUCUGGUGUCUGCUAUCAUUAAGAAUGUCAGCAGUAAAAGAUUCACAUUGGACGAGUUUUGCUGCUUAUUUACGGAAUUCAAACACUGGAGAAGGAAAGAAUCUUUGAAUGAACAAAAUGGUCUGAUGAAGGUCUUCAGUCCAUCUAGAUGGUUUAAGCAGCCGUGUAUGGCCCCGCGGACGUUCAGUUGCGAUGCUAGCACAAUGCAUUACGUGCCUGCGUCCGUGGUGGAUGUUUACGUGGCUGGUAGCUGUGGCACCAACAACUGGAGAAAUACCAUUGUGCUACCCUUAUUCAGGGAAAAAGGCAUGACCUAUCUUUGCUCAGAGACACUAAGCGAGCGGGACACAAUUGAGAAGAACCGGUGUCGUCUGCUGCUCUACGUGAUAGAGGACAACACCAUGGGGACAGUGGACAUGAUGGAGAUUGGCUAUGACAUAGGCCAGGGCUAUAACCUGAUCCUCAGCAUUGAGAAUAUGGCUCAGGACUCAGUUGUUCAAGGGAUCUCUUUGUCUCGUGGAGCAGUAAAAGAUUACAACCGUAGCCGUAUGUACUUGGCUGACCUGGCAGCGAGAGAAGGAAUCCCAGUAUUCAGCAGUAUAGAGGAAGCGGCCAAACAUGCAGUGGAGAAAGUGCAGUUCCUCAGAGAGCAUCCAAGUCCACGUCCAGGUCUGGAAAGGGCAAGGUCAUGUGAAGACUAAGGUCAAGGUCAUUUGAGAACCUAGGUCAUGGUUAUCUGAUGACUAAAAUCACUGGUAUCAGAACAAACGAACAACCUGGAUUUGAAAAUAAAUGAUCAGCUGAAGACUGCUAGCAUUGGUAAUGGAGCACUUAGUGCUUUGUUCGUUUUACAUUUCAUUACCAAUGCCAAGUGGUAAAGGUAAUGCCGUAACUUAUAUAUCUUUUAUCCAUCUGAAUUUCUGAGUGUCCAUCUACUAGCAUGAUAACUCUUUAAAUAAUGGCCAAACGUUGUUAGAUAUUACCAAUUUACAGGGACAUAGACAAGUCGGCAGGAACUACAGUUCCUGUGAAUUUUGAAAAUCAUUCAAGUUGUACAUGGGCCACCAGGGCAACUCAAAUAGUAAGCAUUUCUGUUCUAUUAUUUAUAAUAAAAUUGCCUUAAUACUUUCUUCCUUGGCAGAGGUAUGAACUCUUUGAGUGCCCCUCAUGUUAUUUAUUUUAUUUAUUUAUUUAUGUAUUUAUUUAUUUAUCUUUUGAUACAGUGCUUUGAAGUACAUACAGUUCUUGUUUACUUGGAAUAAACAGUGUGAUUUCAAGACUUACAUGUCAAGGGGAAAAUCCCUUUUUAUUUUCCUUAGGCAGCAGAGGAAAAGAAACACUGUGAUAUAUACAUACAAACAUAUAUAUGAUCUGAUUUAGGGUGUGUAGGGUUUGAGUGAAAAGUUUCAUGGUCGUUUGAUCAGACAAGAAAUGGGAAGUUUGCACUCCCUAUAUUGUGUUAUUAUUGAAUAUAUAUUGAUAAAACAUGUAAUGGUUAAUUUAUGAAAAGAUUGCUCAUGAAAUGAAAAUAGUAAUAUAUAAAUAUAGGUAAUAGAAGCUUGUGUCAAGCUCAUUCUUUAAAUUCAUUGGUUUGAAGUGAUCUCAGCUUGUUAAAUGGAAGACAGUGGAUUUGGGGAAUGGGUUUUCAUAUCACCUUUCCCUGAUCCCAGUACUUAUUUUGAUUCAAAUAAAACAGAGAUUGGGUUAAAAACAGCAAAAUGGAGGUAAUAUCCACAGGAAUAUGAGAUCUAUGCAAGAGGUAGCUAUCCACAUGGGACCUUACAGAAUAACAAGUUUUGAAUAUAUAGAAUUAAACAGCUUAAGUGGUACAAACUUUGUGGAAGUAACCUUUGAAUUAUUUCAUCUUUCAAAUGUACAGGUGAUUGAUUUUCGAUGGAAUAUUACUUUUGAAGUAUUAGAUGUGUGUUAUGUAGUUAUGUACAUACCCUUUUAGGGUGCAUUCCCAGAGAUUUAGAUUUAGAUCAACCUAACUCCCUGGGGGUUCACACUAAAUUGCAGUCAGC